AUGGGACAGACUGUAACAACCCCUCUGAGUUUGACUCUAGAUCAUUGGACUGAAGUGAAGAGAAGAGGUCAUGACCUGUCAGUAGAGGUUAAAAAAGGCCCAUGGCAGACUUUCUACUCCUCAGAGUGGCCCACUUUUAACGUCGGCUGGCCCUCAGGAGGAACCUUUGACUUAUCUCUUAUUUUUGCUAUCAAAAAGAUUGUUUUUCAGAGAGGAUCGGGAGCCCAUCUGGAUCAACAACCUUACAUCUUUGUCUGGCAGGACCUGGUGCAGAAUCCGCCCCCCUGGGUUCGGCCAUGGACUGCCACAUCCAGGCCCCCGUCUAAUCAUCGGGUGCUCACUGUCCAAUCUUCCGGUUCCAGAAAAGGGAGCGACAGCUCGGACCCCCCUAAGAAGAUCUACCCGGAAAUUCAGACUGAUCAUCUUCUCCUCAACCCUCCGCCCCCUCCGCCCCCAUACCCUCCCGCCUUGGCUCCUGUCAGGGGGCAGGGAGGACCAGCAUCGCCGGAUCCGGCGAUUGCCCCCUCUGCACCUCCGGGGGAACCUUCACUGGGGCCCGCACAAGGUACCAGGAGUCACCGGCGGGAAGGAAUGUCUCCCGACACUACUGUUGCCCUGCCCCUGAGGGCAUACGGCCCCCUGCCGGUGGCAACAGAUGAGGGACCACCUCCUCUCCAGCCCCUCCAGUACUGGCCAUUUUCUUCCGCAGACCUGUAUAACUGGAAAACUAAUCACCCCCCUUUUUCAGAAGACCCCCAACGCCUGACUGGGCUGGUACAGUCCCUGAUGUUCUCUCAUCAGCCCACAUGGGAUGACUGCCAGCAGCUCAUACAGACUCUCUUCACUACUGAAGAGAGGGAAAGGAUUUUACUAGAAGCUAGGAAGAAUGUAUUCGGGGCGGACGGGCGUCCUACCCAGCUCCCCAACAUCAUCGAGGCUGCCUUUCCCCUCUCCAGACCUGACUGGGACUUCAACACGGCAGAAGGUAGGGAGCGACUGACAGUCUAUCGCCAGGCUCUAGUGGCUGGCCUCCGUGGGGCGGCAAGAUGCCCCACUAAUUUGGCUAAGGUAAGAGAAGUAAUACAGGGGCCACGGAACCCCCCCUCAGUGUUUCUUGAGCGCCUAAUGGAAGCUUUUAGGCGCUACACCCCAUUUGACCCUGCCUCUGAAGGACAGAGGGCUUCCGUGGCUAUGACUUUCAUAGGGCAGUCAGCUGUAGACAUUAAAAGAAAGCUGCAGAGGAUUGAAGGAUUGCAGGACUAUACCUUGCAGGAUUUAGUUAAGGAAGCUGAGAAAGUAUACCAUAAAAGAGAAACUGAGGAAGAAAAAGAGCAGAGAAAAGAGAAAGAGAGAGAGGAAAGGGAAAAUAAGAGAGACCGAAGACAGGAGAAAAACUUAACACGGAUUUUGGCCGCAGUAGUAGGGGAGAAGAGCCAAGAACAGACCCAAGGUAGAACUAAGAAGUCAGGUAACCUGGGCAACCGCGUCCCGUUAGAUAAGGAUCAAUGUGCCUACUGUAAGGAGAAGGGGCACUGGGCCAGGGAAUGUCCUAAAAAAAGGAAGAAAGAACUCUCCAAGAAAGUACUGGCCUUAGAGGAAGAAGAAGAUUAGCGGGGACGGGACUCGGAACCCCUCCCCGAGCCUAGGGUAAUACUUAAGGUGGAGGGGAAGCCAGUUGAGUUCCUAGUAGACACCAGAGCUCAACACUCAGUCCUACUCGAACCAUCAGGACCCGUCUCCAAGAAAAAAUCUUGGGUUGUAGGGGCCACAGGGCAUCAGCAGUACUCAUGGACUACCCGAAGAUCAGUAGAUCUGGGAGUGGGACGGGUAACCCACUCGUUCUUAAUUAUCCCUGAGUGCCCUGCGCCCCUCCUCGGGAGAGAUUUACUCACCAAAAUGGAAGCCCAGAUCACUUUCACUCCUGAUGGCCCAGAGGUAACCCAGAAUAAGAGAGUAACAGCCCUGACCAUGCAUUUGGAGGAUGAACAUAGACUCUUUGAAAAGCAGUGGGAGAAAGGGACUAGUCUCAUACAUGACUGGCUAGAAAAAUAUCCCGGGGCGUGGGCCGAAACUGCCGGAAUUGGACUGGCCGCAAAAAGGCCGCCUAUAGUCAUAGAACUCAAAACUACUUCCACUCCUGUGGCAGUGCGCCAGUAUCCUAUGACUAGGGAAGCUCGGGAAGGAAUUAGGCCUCACAUUCAGCAUCUCCUACAGCCGGGCAUACUAGUAAAGUGCCAGUCACCAUAGAACACCUCCUUAUUACCCGUCAAAAAACCUGGCACAGGAGACUAUUGCCCUGUGCAGGACUUGAGAGAAGUAAACAAGCAGGCACAAGACAUCCACCCCACCGUGCCUAACCCUUAUAAUCUGUUAAGCUCUCUCCCUCCAAACCAUAUCUGGUACACUGUCCUGGAUUUGAAGGAUGCCUUCUUCUGCCUCCGACUACACUCCUCUAGCCAGAACAUCUUCGCAUUUGAAUGGAGAGACCCGGACUCUGGAAUGACGGGGCAAUUGACAUGGACCUGACUUCCACAGGGGUUCAAGAACUCCCCAACCAUCUUUGAUGAAGCCCUCCACCAAGACCUAGCUCACUUUCGCGCCAGCCACCCUCAGGUAACACUCCUACAAUAUGUAGAUGACUUACUACUAGCUGGAACGACAAAGGAAGAGUGCCAUCGGGGCACAGAACUGUUACUGGAAGAGCUAGCCCGCUUAGGAUAUCGAGCCUCCGCCAAGAAAGCCCAGAUCUGCCAGAAAGAGGUAACGUACCUGGGUUACACAAAUUAA